AUGCAGCACAACGACUCCCGGCGCACGCAGCCCACUCCUCAUCAUGCAGAUGCCUCAGCGUCAUCGACACAGGCCUCCACGAAUUUGCAAAGAAAUACAAAUAGUACUCCAACAACAUCAAGUGCGGGGCCGAUCCCUAUAGCUGCAACAUCUUCCACCAACUCGGCCGUAUCAGCUGCAUCGACGGCCUCCUCCUCUUCCUCUUCAAGCGUUUCUCGCGGCCAGCUUCAUGUAAAGCUUAUCCAAGCUCGCGGGCUCAACGUUCACACUGUCAGCGCACGACCUUACGUCGUCGUCCAGUUCGAACAGAACGAAUUCGUCAGUCGAGAGCCGAUCCAUGAACUCGAGAAGGAGGUCAAGGGCAUUGCGACAAAUAUGUCGCGGAAUAAUUCAUCAACAGCUCUAUCUGCCCUCGGGGCUAUCAACUCACGGGCAAUCGAACAAGCGAAACGCUCUGCUGCCAGCAGCACUGCCAGCUCGCCACAGUCGAGCGUCUCUUCCACAAAGUCCGCGCGUAGCGCACCUUAUCUCAAUGGUGAUGGCCGUGGUCCGGGCGUCUCGACAGUUGCGCCCAUACCAUCAGCUGUCAGUAGUAAUAACAACAAUGGGAGCAGUCUUGGUAUUGGUGGAGGCGGGGGCUUAUUUGGGCGGAUAUCUGCACACAACCCGGUCUGGAAACACGAGGUCUCCUUCGAUGUGACGUCGGACCAGACGCUCAUUACACUUAAUGUCUACGACCGCGCUGAAGAGGACCAGAACUUCCUUGGUAUGGUUGAGAUCAAGCCCGUUCUCAAGCACGAUCAUACCGUGGAUCAUUGGUACAAACUCCUGCCUCAUGAGAACGAAGUUGUCACAGGCGAGAUACGCGUCCAAACGACGUACGAACAUUACAAGACGAAGCGCGCGUUAACCCCACGAGACUUCGAGUUUCUUAAGCUUAUCGGUCGUGGGACGUUCGGCCGGGUCUUCCAGGUGCGAAAGAAGGAUACGCGCCGAAUAUACGCGAUGAAAGUGCUAUCAAAGAAGGAAAUUAUUGCAAAGAAGGAGAUCGCUCACACGAUCGGCGAGCGCAAGAUUCUCCAGCAGAGUCUCAACUCACCAUUCCUUGUCGGACUCAAGUUUAGCUUCCAGACGGAUUCGGACUUAUAUUUGGUAACCGACUUCAAGAGCGGCGGAGAACUCUUCUGGCAUCUCCAGAAGGAAACAAAGUUCGGUGAGGAACGAGCGCGAUUCUAUAUAGCGGAGCUAGUGCUUGCGCUAGAGCACCUUCAUAAAUAUGAUAUCGUUUAUCGUGACCUGAAGCCAGAGAACAUCCUUCUUGACGCGACAGGUCAUGUCGCAUUAUGUGAUUUCGGUCUUUCAAAGCCGGAUCUCAAAGCAGAUCAACUCACGAAUACAUUCUGCGGUACGACGGAGUACCUUGCACCAGAAGUGCUUCUCGACGAUCAUGGAUAUUCGAAGCUCGUAGAUUUCUGGUCUUUGGGCGUGCUAUUAUUUGAAAUGUGCUGCGGCUGGAGUCCAUUUUACGCGGAAGACACGCAACAAAUGUAUAAGAAUAUCUGCUUUGGCAAGAUCCGAUUCCCGAAGAACGUCAUCGGUGAGGACGGGAAACAAUUCGUCAAGGGGCUGUUAAAUCGAAAUCCGAAACACCGGCUCGGUGCACAGCGUGAUGCGGAGGAAUUGAAGGAACACGCGUUCUUCAAGAAUAUUGAUUGGAAGGCGCUUGCUGCGAAGCAGGUGACGCCGCCAUUUAUUCCCGUUGUUGAGUCGGACGAGUCAACAGCGAACUUUGACCCGGAGUUCACGAGUGCGGAUAUCAGUGAUGCGGGAAUCGACUUCUAUGAUGAAGAAGACCCGUCGGAGGAUUGGGUAUCCAAGAGCUUAACGGGUUCUCAUAUGAUGCACACGCCAAAUGGUCCCCUGGGGAGUGAUCUGCGGGAAUUGGCACCUAUACAGACGCAAACGACGAAUGAAGCUGCGGAUGGGAAGAAGGGUGUACAGAUUAAUGGUGGGAGAAGACGAGGAGACACACAAGGGAGCCCGAUAAGCAACUCCGUACAGGAGAAUUUCCGAGGGUUCUCGUUCUCUGGGGAGAGCUUUAUCACAAGGCCUGCUGGGCGAUUAGCGGAGACGGGAGAGGAAGUUGAAGACGCUGUCGAGGAUGGCGAGGGACCGUCAAUAGAAGACGAGUACGAAUACGACCAACCGAGUGGGAGGACGGCGAAUCGGACUGGGCUUGACGACUUCUGA